AUGCGGAGCGGCGCGGGGGUCACUCUCUUGGCCUCGCUGCUCUGGAUUACCGCGCAGUGCCAGCAGCGAGGUCUGUUUCCCGCCAUUCUCAACCUCGCCAGCAACGCCAACAUCAGCACCAAUGCGACCUGCGGUGAGAAGGGGCCUGAGAUGUUCUGCAAACUCGUGGAGCACGUGCCUGGCCGCCCGGUGCGCCAUGCUCAGUGCCGGGUCUGCGAUGGCGGCAGCUCAAACCCCAAAGAACGCCAUCCGAUAUCCAAUGCCAUCGACGGCACCAACAACUGGUGGCAAAGUCCCAGCAUUCAGAAUGGGAGGGUGUUUCACUGGGUCACCAUCACCCUGGACUUGAGACAGGUUUUUCAAGUUGCUUAUGUCAUCAUCAAAGCUGCUAAUGCCCCCCGACCUGGAAACUGGAUUUUGGAGCGAUCUCUGGACGGCACCCACUUCAGUCCCUGGCAGUAUUAUGCAGUUAGUGAUACGGAAUGCUUGACUCGUUACAAUAUCACUCCAAGACGGGGCCCACCUACCUAUAGAGCAGAUGAUGAAGUGAUCUGUACCUCCUAUUAUUCCAGACUGGUGCCACUCGAGCAUGGAGAGAUCCAUACAUCACUAAUCAAUGGCAGACCAAGUGCUGAUGAUCCUUCACCCAAGUUGUUGGAAUUUACCUCUGCAAGAUAUAUCCGCCUUCGCUUACAGCGCAUUAGAACCCUCAAUGCAGAUCUUAUGACCCUCAGCCACCACGACCCUAAAGACCUUGAUCCCAUUGUCACGAGACGAUAUUACUACUCAAUCAAAGACAUUUCUGUUGGUGGGAUGUGCAUUUGCUAUGGUCAUGCUAGUAGCUGCCCAUGGGAUGAAACUACAAAGAAACUACAGUGUCAGUGUGAACAUAACACCUGUGGAGAGAGCUGCAGUAAGUGUUGCCCUGGAUUCCAUCAGCAUCCCUGGAGGCCUGGCACCAUUUCUUCUGGUAACAGAUGCGAAAAAUGUAAUUGUCACAAUAAAGCCAAAGACUGCUACUAUGACGAAAGUGUUGCAAGUCAGAAGAGAAGUCUGAAUAUUGCUGGACAGUAUAAAGGAGGCGGGGUUUGCAUAAAUUGCCUGCAGAACACCAUGGGAAUAAAUUGUGAAACUUGUGUCGAUGGAUAUUACAGACCACACAAAGUGUCUCCUUAUGAGAACAACCCUUGCCACCCCUGUGACUGUGAUCCUUGGGGAUCUCUCAGUUCUGUCUGUAUCAAGGAUGAUCUCCAUUCGGACUUACACAAAGGGAAGUGGCCAGGUCAGUGUCCAUGCAAAGAAGGUUACACAGGAGAAAAAUGUGAUCGCUGCCAAUUAGGCUACAAGGGUUACCCAGACUGCGCCCCCUGUGGCUGCAACAUGACUGGCAGUGUGAAUGAGGACCCCUGCCUGGAGCCUUGUCUUUGUAAGGCGAAUGUCGAAGGGAAAGAAUGUGAUCGCUGCAAACCAGGAUUCUAUAACUUGCAGGAAAGGAACCCUCAGGGCUGCACGGAGUGCUUCUGCUUUGGGGUCUCUGACGUCUGCGACAGCCUUUCUUGGCCCAUCAGUCAGGUAAAGGAUAUGUCCGGGUGGCUGGUCACGGACUUGAUUCAUCCACGUAAGAUCCCGUCCCAGCAGGACGUGCUGGGCAGGCAGCAUCAGAUCAACAUCAACAACACCAUGGUCACGCAGAGGCUCGCAUCCAAGUACUACUGGUCGGCCCCGGACGCCUACCUCGGAAAUAAGCUUACUGCGUUUGGCGGAUUCCUGAGGUAUACUGUUUCAUACGAUAUUCCAAUGGAAACGGUGGAUGGUGACCUCUUGUCUGAUGCUGACGUGAUCAUCAAGGGAAAUGGACUCACGUUAAGCACCCAGGCUGAGGGCCUGGCACUGCAACCCUACGAGGAAUACUUCAAUGUGAUUAGGCUUGUGCCAGAGAACUUCCGAGAUUUUAAUAACAAAAGGGAGAUAGAUCGAGACCAGCUGAUGACUGUCCUUGCCAAUGUGACACAUCUUUUGAUCAGAGCCAACUAUAACUCAGCAAAAAUGGCUCUUUACAGGCUGGACUCGGUCACUCUGGACACAGCUAGCCCUAAUGCCGUGGACCUGGCCCUGGCCACAGAUGUGGAGCACUGCGAGUGUCCUCAGGGCUACGCGGGGAUCUCCUGCGAGACCUGUCUUCCAGGCUACUACCGAGUGGAUGGAAUACUCUUUGGAGGAAUUUGUCAGCCCUGUGAAUGUCACGGCCACGCAGCUGAGUGCGAUAUUCAUGGCGUUUGUUUUGCGUGUAAGCAUAACACCACUGGAGACCACUGUGAGCAGUGUGCACCUGGCUUCUACGGGCUGCCCUCCAGAGGGACACCUGGGGACUGCCAGCCCUGUGCCUGCCCCCUCGCCACAGCCUCCAACAAUUUCAGCCCCACCUGCCACCUGGACGAUGGAGAAGAAAUGGUGUGUGACCAGUGUGCCCCGGGGUACACGGGCGCUUGGUGUGAGAGAUGUGCAGACGGUUACUAUGGCAACCCCACAGUGCCUGGGGAAUCCUGCGUUCCCUGUAACUGCAGCGGCAACGUGGACCCCUUAGAGGCCGGCCACUGUGACUCGGUCACCGGAGAGUGCCUGCGUUGCAUUGGGAACACGGCAGGCCCCCACUGUGAGAGGUGCGCAGAUGGCUUCUACGGGGAUGCGGUGACGGCUAAAAACUGCCGCGCUUGUGAAUGCCAUGGAGAGGGCUCCCUUUCCGGAGUGUGCCACCAUGAGACUGGCCUCUGUGACUGCAGACCACAUGUGACUGGACAGCAGUGUGACCAGUGCUUGCACGGCUAUUAUGGCUUGGCCACAGGGCAUGGCUGCUUGCCGUGUAACUGCAGCUCAUUGGGCUCCAUGUCGGACGACUGCUCGGAGGAAGGCUGUUGUCACUGCAUCCCGGGGGUUGCUGGGGACAGGUGCGACAGGUGUGCUCGGGGUUUCUACGCAUUCCAGGAUGGGGGCUGUACACCCUGUGACUGUGAGCACACUGGGAACAUCUGUGACCCCGCCUCCGGGGACUGCAUCUGCCCUCCCCACACCCGAGGUGCGGCCUGUGGAGAAUGUGAAGCUGGAUACUGGGGCCACAACCUAGAACUCGGCUGCCAGGAAAACGUCAUUGGCCUGCAGUGCAAUGAGUGCCGAGCUGGUACCUACGGGCUUCGGGAUGACAACCCUCUGGGGUGCACCCCAUGCUUCUGCUUCGGACUCUCGCAGCUCUGCUCGGAGGUGGACGGUUACGUGAGGAUCCCAGUGAUGCUGGACUCAGAUCAGCCUCUUCUGCAUGUGGUUUCUCAGAGUAACCUGAGGGGCACAGCCGAGGGAGUGUAUCACCAGGCCCCGGAUGUCCUCCUGGAUGCUGUGACUGUCAGGCAGCAUGUCCAUGAAGAGCCGUUUUACUGGCGGCUGCCAGGGCAGUUCCGGGGGAACCAGCUCACGGCCUACGGUGGCACACUAAGGUACAGUGUGGCUUUUUACUCUUCCAACGGCAUCGGCACCUUCAACCUUGAGCCACAAGUGCUCAUCAGAGGCGGCCGGACCCGAAAGCAAGUGAUUUAUAUGGACAUGCCCCCUCCAGAGAACGGAGUGUGGCAAGAGCAAGAAGUCGGGAUGAAAGAGAAUUAUUGGAAAUAUUUUAACUCUGUUUCUGAAGAACCUGUCACACGUUCUGAUUUUAUGUCCGUUCUUAGCAACAUUGAGUACAUUCUCAUCAAAGCAUCGUAUGGCCAAGGAUUACAACAAAGCAGAAUCACCAAUGUCUCAAUGGAGGUUGGCAGAAAGGCAGAAACACUGUAUCCUGGGAGCGAGGCAGCAUCCCUCAUAGAGAAGUGUCUCUGUCCUCCUGGCACUGCUGGACUUUCCUGUCAGGACUGUGCACCUGGUUACCAUAGAGGGAAGCUUCUAGAAAGUGGUGGCAAAGGACCCCACCCUCUGCUUGCUCCUUGUGUGCCCUGCAAUUGUAACAACCACAGUGACACCUGUGACCCCGAAACUGGGACGUGUCUGAACAUCAUGAACGAUCAUUUCAGUCCCACCUGUAUCUUGGAAGGCGAACAUGACUUGCGCUGUGAUGCCUGUUUUCUGGGCUAUGAAGGACAGUAUUGUGAAAGGUGUUCCUCAGGCUAUCACGGGGACCCUCGAGCACCAGGUGGCACUUGCCAGAGAUGCAACUGCAGCCCAAGAGGCUCUGUUCACAGACACUGUGACCAGGGGACGGGACAGUGUGACUGCAGGCCGGGGUUCACCGGGCUCCAGUGUGAGGAUUGUGAGCCAAAGCACAUUCUGAUGGAGAGCUAUUGUGUUUCUUGUGAUGAUGACUGUGUAGGUGUGCUCCUGAGUGACUUGGAUCGUAUUGGUGAUGCCAUUAUUUCUGUGAACCUCGCUGGUGUUAUCCCUGCCCCAUAUGGACUAUUGUCAGAACUGGAAAAUUUAACUAAAUAUCUCCAGGAGUCUUUAUUAAAAGAAAAUACACAAAAAGAACUGGCAAAAAAUCAACUUAAAGGUGUUGCAGAACAAAUGGAUGCUCUGGAAAAAGAGCUCACUAGAGUGUUAACGAGUAGCCAACAUGUGUCCAGGGUGACUGAGAGAAUCUUCAGCAAGAGUCAAGACCUCAUGAAGUUAACUGAGAAAUUGCAGCUAAACAUCCAAGAACUUAUUGAAAAAUCAACAAGUCUAGAUCAAUCUUUGGAUGAAGAGUUCCAGCUACCCAGUUCUACUCUUCAUAAUAUGCAAAAAAACAUUACAUCGCUGCUAGAAAUCAUACAGAAAAAGCAUUUCAUGCAGUUGCACCAAAAUGCUGCUCUGGAACUCAGUGCUGCUGAAGAUUUACUGUCACAGAUUCAGAAAAAUUACCAGGAGCCACAGGAAGAGUUGGUAGUAUUAAAAGAAGCAGCAAGCAGCCUCCUUUCAAAACACCACAAGGAACUGCAGGCAGCAAGAGACCUAGUGAGAGAAGCAGAGGCGAAGACACUGGAGAGCAGCCGCCUGCUGCUCAUCGUCAGUGCCAGCCUGAGGGAAUUCAGGGAUAAAAAGCUGCAUGUUCAAGAAGAACAAAACUUGACUUCAACUCUUGUCACCAAAGGGAGAGCAUGGUUAGAGGCUGCCACUAAAGGUGCAGACGCUACUCAAGAUGCUCUAGCACAGUUGGAGAAUCACCGGGAUGAGCUACUUUUGUGGACUGCAAAACUCAGGCAACAUGUGGAUGACCUGGUUAUGCAGAUGGUCAAAAGAAGAGCACUUGACCUUGUCUACAGGGCUGAGGACCAUGCAGCUGAGCUCCAGAGACUUGCAGACUCUCUGGACAGUGGCCUCAGAAAUGUUAGACACGUGUCCCUGAAUGCCACCAGUGCCACCCAUGUCCAUUCCGACAUUCAUAAUUUGAUUGAAGAAUCAGAAAAACUGGCCAAAGAUGCUCUCUGUACUGUGACUGAGGAGAAUCUGCUCUCAGAAUCCCUCAUUCCCAAGGGGAAGGUGGUGCUCCAGAACAGCUCCAAAUUUCUAAAAGAUGGCAAUAACCUGAGCAGAAAGCAUCAAGGUAUCACAUUGAAACUGAGUGAGUUGAAAAGAAAAGUGAACAGAUUUCAAGAGAAUACUCAUCAAAUUACUAAGCGAGCCAAUGAAUCACUCUUAAUACUUCGAGCAAUUCCUGAAAGUAUCAGAGACAAAGGUGCCAAAAUCAAAGAACUGGCCACAUCUGUGAUUGAAAGUGCUGGGAGCACCCUGAAGACCACUGAGGGUUUGACCAGGAAGCUUUUGAACACAUCCCCUGGCUUGUCAGAGAUCAACAGCACCUUACAAGAAACAAACCGACUUCUGCGGGACUCUUCAGUAACCACUUUGCUGGCAGGAAGAAAAGUUAAGGAUGCAGAAACACAAGCCAACCUGUUAUUUGAUCGGUUGAAGCCUUUGAAGGUACUAGAAGAGAAUCUGAGCAGGAACCUAUCAGAAAUCAAACUACUGAUCAGCCAGGCCCGGAAACAAGCUGCUUCGAUUAAAGUCGCUGUGUCUGCAGACAGAGAUUGUAUCCGGGCCUACCAGCCACAAAUUUCUUCUACUAACUAUAACACCUUAACACUCAAUGUUAAAACAAGUGAACCUGAUAAUCUUCUCUUCUACCUGGGAAGCAGUACCAGUGCUGACUUCCUGGCGGUGGAGAUGCGACGUGGGAAUGUGGCCGUCAUCUGGGACGUGGGCUCUGGGUCGGCGCGGUUAGAAUUUCCAGACUUUCGCAUUGAUGACAACAAAUGGCACAGUAUUUAUGUCACCAGGUUUGGAAACAUUGGUUCAUUGAGUGUAAAGGAAAUGAGCGCAUCGCAAAAGCCACCUCCAAAAACAAGUAAAUCCCCUGGAACAGCUAAUGUUCUGGAUAUAAACAACUCCACGCUCAUAUUUGUCGGAGGCCUUGGAGGACAGAUCAAGAAGUCCCCUGCUGUGAAGGUCACUCAUUUCAAAGGCUGCAUGGGAGAAGCCUUCCUGAAUGGACAGUCCAUUGGCCUGUGGAACUAUCUUGAAAGGGAGGGGAAGUGCCACGGCUGCUUUGGCAGUCUCCAGAAUGAAGACUCUUCCUUCCAUUUUGAUGGGAAUGGGUAUUCUGUAAUGGAGAAGACACUCCGAGCUACCGUCACUCAGAUAAUUAUGCUUUUUAGUACCUUUUCACCUAAUGGACUUCUUCUCUACCUCGCUUCAAAUGGCACGAAGGACUUUUUAGCCAUUGAGCUGGUCCAUGGCAGAGUUAAAGUCACAGUUGACCUGGGCUCAGGGCCUCUUGCUCUUAUUACAGACAGACGAUAUAAUAACGGCACCUGGUACAAAAUCGCCUUCCAGCGAAACCGAAAGCAAGGACUCCUAGCUGUUAUUGAUGCCUAUAACACGACUUACAAAGAAACCAAGCAAGGUGAAACUCCAGGAGCAUCUUCUGACCUCAAUCGUCUUGAUAAGGAUCCAAUUUAUGUGGGUGGAUUACCUAGGUCAAGAGUUGUAAGGAAAGGUAUCACCAACAAAAACUAUGUGGGUUGUAUCAAAAACCUGGAAAUAUCGAGAUCGACCUUUGAUUUACUCAGAAAUUCCUACGGAGUGAGAAAAGGCUGUCAACUGGAGCCUAUCAGAAGUGUUAGCUUCCUGAAAGGCGGCUAUGUUGAAUUGCCACCCAAGUCCUUGUCACCCGAAUCAGAAUUGUUGGUGACCUUUGCCACUGAGAACAGCAGUGGCAUCAUUCUGGCUGCCUUGAACCAACACAGAGAGAAGCAGGGCCACCGGCACCCCCAUGUGCUUAAUUUUGCAAAUACUUUGUUUGUAUCUAGACUUUUGGAUUUCACUAGUGCGGUUCAUUAUGAACACGUGGACCUGGACACCUGCCUGCUUUCAGAAAGGCCUGACCCGGCUUCUCAUGGAGAGGACAGCGAGCCCCAGCCUUUACCACGGCCAGAACCGUGUGCCGUGGAAGGAGCUCCAGAGUACGUCCCCAGUGCUCACCAGUUUGGCCUCACACAACACAGCCAUUUCGUGUUGCCUUUUAACCAGUCAGCUGUCAGAAGGAGGCUAAUGGUUCAGCUCAGCAUACGCACAUUCGCCCCCAGUGGUCUGAUUUACUACAUGGCUCAUCAGAACCAGGUUGAUUAUGCCACCCUGCAGCUGCACGAGGGCCGCCUCCACUUCAUGUUUGGCCUGGGGAAAGGCAGAACCCAGGUCUCCCACCCGAUGCUGCUCAGUGACGGGAAGUGGCACACGGUCAAAACAGAGUACUUUAAAAGAAAGGGCUCCAUGACAGUUGAUGGCCAGGAAUCCCCCCUGGUGACCACAGUGGGAGAUGGAAUCACCUUGGAUGUGGAAGGGAAAUUGUACCUGGGAGGCCUUCCCUCUGAAUACAAGGCCAGGAACAUCGGAACUAUCACCCACAGCAUCCCUGCCUGCAUUGGGGAGGUGACAGUGAACAGCAAACAGCUGGACAAAGACAGCCCAGCGUCUGUGUUUGCAGUCACCAGGUGCUACACAGCAGCCCAGGAAGGGACUUUCUUUGACGGAAGCGGCUAUGCUACUCUAGUCAAGGAAGGCUACAGAGUCCGAUCAGACAUAAACAUCACACUGGAGUUUCGUACUUCCUCAGAAAAUGGAGUCCUGCUGGGGAUCAGCACAGCCAAAGUGGAUGCCCUUGGGCUAGAGAUUGUAAAUGGCAAGCUCUUGUUUCAUGUUAAUAAUGGUGCUGGGAGGAUAACAGCUACAUAUGAGCCCAAAGCUACCAGUUCUCUCUGCAAUGGGAAGUGGCACACACUUCAGGCCAACAAAAGCAAACACCGCUUGAUGCUCAUUGUGGAUGGAAAUGCAGUUCAUGCUGAAAGCCCACACACCCAGUCCACCUCAGCAGACACCAACAACCCCAUCUAUGUCGGUGGCUACCCUGCUGGAGUAAAGCAAAACUGCCUGACCAGCCAGACUUCCUUCCGGGGCUGUAUGAGAAAGCUGACUCUGAUUAAGGGCCCGCAAGAGCAAUCCUAUGACUUCAGCAGAGCCUUUGACCUACAAGGAGUUUUUCCUCAUUCCUGUCCUGGGACUGAGUCUUGAACUUCAAGGGAAUUCCUCGAUUGGGGAUUAUUGUUUAUAUUUUGAGAAUAAUUUGGGGGGUUAAAAAAUGUCAGUUCAAAUUUCACUUCCAACUCAGGUUGUUUCCAGAUAGAAAUGAGCUCAUGUUCAACUAAAAC